CAUUCGAAGUGAAGUUAAAACGCAUAAAGAGACUUUAGCAAAGUUUGGUAUUAGCCCUUGUUCCAUCUCAGUUUAAACCUUCAAAUCACACUCCCGCUCAAAAUCCAUAAUAAAUACCCCUCCACCUCUACAAUUCUCACAAAAAUGGCUACUAGCUCCUCCAGUCUCAGGCUCUUUUGCUCUCUCCCAAACCUCCUUGUCUUCUCUCUAAACCUUCUCCUCUUGCUCAUAUCCACCGCCUCCUUCAUCCCCCUUCUUCUCCUCCGGACCCCACCCUCCUCCUUCGGGUGGGCCCUCUUAGCCGUCUCAUCCACAACUCUCUUCUCCUCCCUUCUUAGCUUCUUUCAUCUCACCCACUCCAACCUAUACUUCAUCGUUCAUCUCUCUCUCCUCUUAAUCUCUUCAAUAGGCCAGACACUUAGCUUCUUCUCUCUGUUCCUUCGCCCUGGCCCUUGCCUUACUUUUCUGGGCUCUUCAAAAAGUAAUAGAGAAGUGAGGUUGCUAGUGAUGAUUGAGGAAGGGGCAAUUGUAGGGAUGUUUGUGUUAAGCUCUGUGGCGCUGGUGCUGGAGUGUUUUGUUCAGAGCUGGAGGGUAAAGGAGUAUGAGGAGGAGGAGGAGGAGGUUGCGGAUGCGAAGAAGAGGAACCGGAGAAUGGGGAAGUUUCGAGUUGAAUCAGUGGUGGAUGUUGAGGCGCAGGAAGAGGAGGAGAGGAUGAAAAUCAAGAGAGAGGAGGGUGUGAAGACUGGUCAUUAUAGGAUAGCCAAAUUUUAGUUUGUAAUAGUUGCAAUUUGAGUGCUUUGAAGUGUUUGGUUUCACCUACGGACGUUGGUUCUGUCUUAGUUUGUAAUUUUUAACUUGGGUAAAUUACUCCAACACUG